UCAACGGCUUGCCGUUAGCUCCACGAAUGCUUCAUACAAUAAUAAGCGCAACGCGUCGAUUUUCCCGUGAGGCGUAUCAAGAUACAUUUCAUCUGCUGUUACACCUCUGAUUAUAUUAAUUUAUUCUCAAGAAACAGAUGUUUACCCCUCACCAAACAGGGCGUCCAGCGUCGCCUCGUCCGGUUUUACAAAGAACUGUUUGCGGAUGCUGCGCUGUUUGCAAAGUACACCUAAACUCUUCUGCAGACCCCAGACUUCUCCCUUGCCUGCAUAUAGUUUGCAAUACUUGUCUUACGAAGAUCUGCACAGAUGGAGCCACACAAGAUUGUCCAUUAUGUGCACAGUCCUUUUGUUUGUCUGAGGUCACAGAAUGUGCCAUUUUUGAAGACACGUCUAACAAUAACAAGGCCCCCAAGUGUGCCGGGUGUGAAGAGAGUGAGGUUAGUGGAUGGUGUGUCCAGUGUGAGGAGGCCCUUUGUUUGGACUGUAUAUCUGCUCAUCAUAGGGUAAAAGUGACCCGUGACCAUGAAGUCACACCCAAAAAACCACCCACAGGUUGGAUACAGAGAAGACGCUGUCCCUCACACACUCAGGAGAGCUUGAGGUUCUUCUGUCUUGUUUGUGAAGAGCUCACCUGUAAGGACUGCCAGCUGAUCACUCAUAGGGGCCACAGUUUUGUGCAGCAGGAGGAAGCUGUGGGAUCUCAGAGACAGCAGCUGCAGAGUUUGUUGGACUCCAUCAGACAUCAGAAAGAGACGGUCAUCAGCAGCCUGCUGCUCCUAGAGGCAAGAUUGCAGGAAAUUGAAAAAAUAAAAGUAGCAGCAAAGAAGAUGUUGACACAGGUAGUCCACUCCAUUUAUCAGACUCUGGUUCUGAAAGCUACACAGAUGUUAAAGGUGAUAGAGGCCUUAUUUGCGGAGGAGGUGGGGUGUUUGUUGGAGAGGAAGACAUCUCUGAACAGUUUGGAAGGCUGUCAGGAGUACAUAGCAGCUUUUAUUGACAAGAUCCUAUGCACAGAGGGCCACUGCCUCCUGGUCCACACAAAAAGGAUUGAGACCCAGGUGAAAAAGCUUCUGUCCCAGAAGGCAUACACCCCUGAGACCAUGAUUGAACUGCACCUUCAGAUUCAGAAUGAACUCUGUCAGCACAUCAUGAAAUUUGGAUUUUUGAGGAUUAGUAAGGUUCUUGUUCCAUUUACCACUCAGAGAACUGAUUCCACUCAGUUAGAGUCUGUGUCUGUGAAAAGCUCGAAUCCAAAUUCUCCUCUAACUGCCACUGAUGUUCAUCCUGCACCCACCUCCUCAAGUGUUGAUGCACAGGUUCAGGGUGAAUGUGUUCUCAACAGUUUUACACUGCGUCCCUGUGCCUCCUCUCAGAUUGUGCAAAUGAACCAGGCCCUUCAUAGUCUGCCUCAUCCAUCUCAACCCAGCCAGCCAUCUCAUUCUAACCAGGCCCGCUCUGCAUAUAACAAUGUUGCCUCAUCCCAACCGAAUCAAUCUAAACGUUCCUCUUCAGACCUUCAGAGUUCAUCUUCCUCACCAUCUGUCCAAGUCCAAUCCCAUGAAGUGAUGUCUGAGCAAUCCAAGCAUGCUUACAGUCCCUCAUCGAACUGUGUCCCAUAUUUUCCUCAGUCUGCUCCUAAAACUCACAUGAAUUAUUCCCUGUCUGUUUAUUCUCAGCCCCGUCUUCCACUCAUGAACUGCACAGCAUCUCAAAUAAGCAAUAUCUCUGAGUCAGCCAAAUGUAGGAAGGCCUAUUGCCCUACCAUGCAGGUCUCUCAAACACGCAUACUCACCCGCCCAUUGCCAGUUAACAGCCAAAAACAACCAAUUCCAGUCAACAACCAAACACCUGUACCAACUCAUCCAAUACCAGCCAACAACCAAACACUCACACCAACUCAUUUAGUGCCAGCCAACUACCAAAGACCCCAACUAACUCAUCAAAUUCAAGUCAACAACCAAACACUUGCACCAACUCAUCCAAUACCAGCCAACAACCAAGCACCCCUACUAACUCAUCAAAUGGCAGUCAGUAACCAAAAACAACCGAUUUCAGUCAACAACCAAACACCUAUAACUCAUCCAUUGCCCGCCAACAACCAAACACCCCUACUAACUCGUCAGAUGCCUAUCAACAACCAAACACCUGUACCAACUCAUCCAAUACUAGCCAAUAACCAAACACUCAUACCAACUCAUGCAAUUCUAGCCAACAACCAAACACUCGCACCAACUCAUCCAAUACCAGCCAACAAUCAGACACCCCUACUGACUCAUCCAAUAAUAGCCAACAACCAAACACCCAUACUAACUCAUCCAACAUCAGCCAACAACCAAACACUCACACCAACUCAUCCAAUGCCAGCCAACAACCAAACACCCCUACAAACGCAUCAAAUGGCAGUCAAUAACCAAAAGCAACCAAUUUCAGACAACAACCAAACACCCGUAACAACUCAUCCAAUAUCAGCCUACAACCAAAUGCCUGUAUUAAUUCAACCAAUUCCAGUCAACAACCAAACACCCGUAACAACUCAUCCAAUAUCAGCCUACAACCAAAUGCCUGUAUUAAUUCAACCAAUUCCAGUCAACAACCAAACACCCGUAACAACUCAUCCAAUAUCAGCCUACAACCAAAUGCCUGUAUUAAUUCAACCAAUUCCAGUCAACAACCAAACACCCGUAACAACUCAUCCAAUAUCAGCCUACAACCAAAUGCCUGUAUUAAUUCAACCAAUUCCAGUCAACAACCAAACACCCGUAACAACUCAUCCAAUAUCAGCCUACAACCAAAUGCCUGUAUUAAUUCAACCAAUUCCAGUCAACAACCAAACACCCAAACCAACUCAUCCAAUACCAGCCAACAACCAAAUGCCUGUGUUAAUUCAACCAAUACCAGCCAACAACCAAUCAACCAUACUAACCCAUUCUUUACCAACUUGCAACCAAACACUCAUACUGACCCAUCCAAUACAAACCAAUUUCCUGGGGCCUGGACAUUCAUUUUCUAUGCAACCCAAUAUUCCCUUUACUGUCCUUUCAACCAUAAACGCACUUUCCUUAAAUGACACUACUGCAAUCUCUAAUGUCCAUUUUACUGAAGCCUCCAGUGGUAGGAUGAAUCAUUGUCCCCAGGACCCUUGUGCACCAAAUCCCACCAGUACAAUUUCUAAUGCCAUCCCAAGCACAGCUAGUGGUUCUUUACUUCCUGUAAACCCAAUGCCUUCUGCUCCCAUUAGUGGCAACGACACCCUCUGGAGUAAAAACGGCACCUACAAUAGCAUUAACGUCCCAGUCAAGGCCUUGGCUGAUUCCGCCUGUGAUCAGGAUGCAGAUGUGAGCAGCACGAAUUUCACUGAUACGGAUCAUCUGGAGAGCAACUUACCCACCUCCCAUGUGUCAGAGACAGCUCCCAAAGAACCUUCACCAGAUCCUGCCCACUCCUCUGGCCCAUCCAACAUUCACCAGGAUUCUCUCUCCACCAUCACAGAGAAAUGUUCAAGACAAACUCUAGACGAUCAGUCAUCGACCAAGAACUACUCUGGACCAAAACACUGGAGCGUUGGCAUGCCGAUAACUUUCCGUCAGCUUGUAGAGGCAAAAUGCAUACCUGUCAGGUCAAAAGACAAUCUGAACACCACACCUCCAGCGGAUUCAACUCAUUGUAGCACAUCAGAAGACCUUGACGGGGAGAGGACAACUCAUGACAAGACUGUCCAAAGUGCGUUUGACUACAGGGAGGCAAAAAAAGAAGACAAAGAAUCUGCAGUAACGCUGGAACACUUCAGGAGACAAAUCAAACAAUUCAAGAGGUUUCUACGUGUUUCUCUUGAGUGUCUGCCCAUCUCUCUGCCUCCAAGUGGACAGCCACUCCCAGAGUUCCACCUUAUUACAGAUACCUCCACAGGUCACAUCUUAGUGCAGGAAUCCCAGGGUGGACAGGUUAACCAGGUGUGGAGAUGGCAUGAAGAUCCAUUACCAUCUAGAUCCUCUUCUUGCUCUGUAUCUCAAGACAGCGACAGCUCCCCAGCAUCUGAUGUAGAGUUCUGUGCCGUGUGUCUGUCUGCAGGAGCUCCACUUCUGUGUGCAAAAUGUGGCUGUGCUUUUCACUAUGACUGUCACAUCCCACCAAUUCUCACAAAACCUUGUAAGGAUUGGGUGUGUUUGCUAUGUCAGGAUUUAAAUGAGACAGUUAUGUAUGGCAGUGAGGAGAUGAGGACACCUAGUCUGAGUCUGGAAGAUCAAAGAAAGUGUGAGAAGCUUCUCUUUGGUCUCCUGUGUGAUGAGAACAAGAGCCUGCUCUUCAGCGCCACCAAGAAUCACUCAAAAACAGCCGAAUUUGAUAUAAUACUCGGCCGACUCCUGGGGAAACGAAAGCCGCCUUAUCGGACUGUUGCUGAGCUGGUGUCAGAUGUUUGGACUCUUUUUGAUAUCUUGAUGUUGAACUCGGAGAGGAAAAACAUGGUUGUCAAACUUAAAAAAUCUUUCCAGCAACAGCUGAAUGAAUCUUUUGGGAAGAGUCUCCAUGCUUCUCUCCUAAAUCACUCAAGCAGCAAAGAUCCAAGCAGAACACCAGAGACAGAGGCUGAACGAGAGAAGCACAGAAACACUUUGAAACGCAUGAGAGAGUUUUUCACGGCAAACUGUGGUACAGCUGCAAAGAAAUCCUGCACUGAUGAAGGGAAGGAGAGAGAUGGCUGUGGAAACACUGCAGCUGCUGAAUAAUGAAGUGCCUCAGUCAUUACUUUUAAAGUCGCAAAAAAAUCUUCUGAAUUUUCUUGUGAAGAGGGAACCAGACCAGUUUCUGUUUUUUAUAGUACUUUGCUUAUUUAGAUUUGCCUUAAAAUAAGAUGUGUAUUAAACAGAUUAUUUAAUCCAAGGUCAAAUUUCUUUCUCUGGUCAAUUUAUGCCUUGAUCUGCCACGAUUUGUUUGUGCAUGUGGGUUGCAAAUUAUUAGCAUUAUUAGAUCAAUGUUGUCAUGUAGCUCUGAUGCCAGUAGAGGACGCGAUGAUCCUUUGGUUGCAUGAAUUUGCUCUGUUUUCAAUCUAACUCGUUGGCGCUUAUUAAGGCAAGCAUCAGUCUUACUAUAUACAUACACACACACACACACACACAUGAAUUUGUGUAAUUUGUUCCACCCCCACCAGUUGUGCUGCAA